AUGGCGUCUUCGUAUUUCGGGAAAACCGAUCCAAUGCAAUGGACCUCGUCCAUGGAUGAGUAUCUUGAGACUCUCAGCGGAAACCGAGAAUUGGUCUACGAUGAACUUUUCUGUCAUCAAGUUCGACUACAGCGCAUCGCGGCAGAGGUAGAAAACAUGAGCGGUACCGACGUUCCGUCUACAUUCUAUGUCGCGGCCCUGCGUCGGAAAAUGAAUGAAAUCAAAGCUGGCGUUUCGCCGUCAUUGCUACAGAAUCGUGAGUGA